CAUGUUCUAGAAGUUAUCAAUAUAUUUCAAGCUACUGGCUAUAAUUUUUUUUUGCUAUAAAAUAUUACAUACAUAUAUACGGUUAUGUGAUUAAUAUGUAUGCGUGUGUGUAGCUUGCAGAAGAGUAUGCAAACGUAGAUGAAGUAUUGGUGGCUGAAGUAGAGGGCUUAGGUUAGAAAAACAAAUAUUUGUAAGAGGAGACGUUGAACGUUUAACGAAAAUCACCCCACCAAGCAAUCUCUCCUCUCUUUGUGUAAUCUCUUUUCUUCUUUAUUAUUUUCAACGUCAAAUAUUCCACAUAAACAGAAAUCGAUAAUGGAAAAUGUUAUAAGAAAUAAAAAUAAAAAUAAAAAUGGGAUUUUUUGUUAAAAUGUAGAUUACUUAAAAGGAGUGUCUUAGGUUAGGGAAGACGUUGGCAUCAAUCGCCGGUGAAAAUGUCCCUCCAAACUCUCCAUCACUCUCUAACGAAUCUUAUAAUAUUAAUUUAUUUCAAUUCUCCAUUAUAAAUAUAUACAUUUAUAUGUAUGGUGCUGUUGGUCUUCAGCUUUCUUCUUGUUCGUGCAUACCCAUCUUCCCUCACCUACAUCAAACCUAGGGUUUCUUAUAUAUAUCAGCAUAUAUAAUAGACAUCUAUAUAUAUAUGUAUUUGUGAUUUUAACCAUAAGAUCAGAGAGAAAGGAAAAGGAGAAGAAAUAAAGAAUGAUGUGCAGCCGAGGCCAUUGGAGACCUGCAGAAGAUGAGAAGCUAAGAGAACUUGUCCAACAAUUUGGUCCUCAUAAUUGGAACGCCAUAGCUCAAAAGCUCACUGGUCGAUCUGGUAAGAGUUGUAGAUUGAGAUGGUUUAAUCAACUGGAUCCUAGAAUUAACCGAACCCCUUUUACGGAGGAAGAAGAAAAGAGGCUUUUAGCGUCUCAUCGGAUCCAUGGGAACAGAUGGUCCGUGAUCGCAAGGUUUUUCCCCGGUCGAACUGAUAACGCCGUUAAAAACCAUUGGCACGUUAUUAUGGCUCGUCGUGGUCGAGAACGGUCCAAGAUGCGUCCACGUAGCCUUGGCCAUGAUGGCACGGAGGCUGGGCCUGGGAUGAUGGGAUAUAAAGACUGUGACAAGAAGAGAAGAUUGGCAACCACAAUAGAUAUCAAUUAUCCUUAUAGUUUCUCUCAUAUCAAUCAUUUUCAAAUCCUCAAAGAAUUCUUGACUGGAAAGAUCGGAUUUUGCAAUAGUACCACUCCAAUGAACGAAGGAGCACUAGACCAGACUAAAAGACCAAUGGAAUUCUACAAUUUUCUCCAAGUUAAGACGGAUUCGAAACCUGAAGUAAUACACAAUUCAAGAAAAGAAGAAGACGAAGACGAAGAAGAUGUUGACAAUUGUGUUCCCUUUUUCGACUUUUUGUCUGUUGGAAACUCUGCCUCUAAGGGUUUAUGUUAAUUAGUUCGUAGCACAUGUACUAUAUACAAGGUGGAUCAUAUGUUAAUAAUGACAUGUAGAACUACUAAUCACUUAGAGCUCUUCUUUGAGCCAAGUGUGAAAAUUAGACAGCCCAACUUCUUCUUGUAUAUCAAACCUACUAUAUUUAUUCUAAGAAUGUUUAGUCCAUAUAAACAUA